AUGACAAACCCCUGGCAGCUCCCACCACCCGCCCGAACUUCCUUCCAGAAUAUCUGGACAUGGGGCGACGGAACGGUUCGUAGACGCAAAACUGAAGCUGUGAUUGUUCCAGCAUAUAGUGCGGAAGAAUCAGAAGAUGACGAUGACCAACAGGAUACAGAGAAGGAACGAGAUGACAACCCAGAUGACCCACCCCUACUCAUCCCACGGGUUAAAGGUCAUGGUAUCGGCGGAAAUGGUGGAGCGGGACUCUACCGUCCUAUGCGGUUUUCAGGCGAGGUGGGUGCUAAAAGCACUACCAGCUCGACACAAGUAGACCAGAAUGGACAGUCAAGUGACGAAGAGGACGACGACCCCUGGAUGAGAAACAUUGCAAAAAGUACCAACCAAAUCGGACUCGUAUCCAAAACGAUGUGGACAAGCAAAACAGUUUCACAAAGUACACCUAUGAUUCGGAAGCCGAGAGCAUUCAAGGCAAGACUUCCAGAAUCGGUCGCACAAGAGGUUGAUGCCGAUGCUACUGAGAUCGAUGCAUCCAGUCAUUACGAUAACCUGUCCGCAUCAAGUGAUGACAUUCUCAGCUCGGAUCCCGCAGUGUUUUCAAAGAUAAAGUUUGGGUUAGCGGGAGCAGAUGGCAGCGGGGUACAUGAUACGGAACAAAGGGCACAGCGAAAUGAGGAACAACCCUACAUAAGCAGCGACAGUGUACGGAUUCACUAUGAAGAUGGUGCUGAUGACCGCGCUGAAACUCAACGGCACUACGGCAUCUCAAACUCUUCCAACAACUACUUGCCCGCUAGUGAACAAGGAGAGUACGCUGCAAAUACAAUUGAAUCUGAUGAUGCGGAGGGCCCAGUGGAAGGUGGUUCUUCCGUGUCCUUAUCUAAAGCGUCUUCAUCCGGCCAAACGCAUGGCCUUCAAACCGUAACAGGAUUAGGCAACGAGGAAAAUGCAUCCUACAGCACAAAUCCAAUUCCAGAACUAUCAUCCUCUCCCCUCGUUUCACUUUCGUCAGACGUGAUAGAUACUGGAACAGGUUCUGACGGUGAAGAAUUGUGCAGCGCGAAGCGGCUUUCGCCAGCACUGUCAACAUCCAAGUACGAUGCAUCUGCAACAAACACUGAUACUGAAUUCACGACUGGAAUGUUUGAGGGCAAUGAAGGCGAAGCUGAGAAAUCUUGCGGACGUAGUCCUUUGCUAUCAAACGGGACCGACUCCGACAUACCGAUAUUUGAGAAUGAGUUACCAACCUCUACUACCGAUACUGGAUUCGCUGAUGAACCUCAAGAGUGGCGGAGUGGAGAGAAUGCGUCUGCGUCCUUCUCUUCACUCACCUCGUCAGGACUAUCGCUUGCAACCGGGCAUUCCACACCUACUAGUACCAGACCGAGUAGCAGAGGACGUCGAGGAAAUACAACGUCCCUUUUACACACUCGCCCGACUUCAACGUCUCUGUCCGAACAGUCUGAACCUGCUGACAGAGACCCAUCCCACACGGAGGCAUCGCCCUCCAAACACGACAUUCAAAACUCCACUAUAGAAAUCCACGAUACACGUAGACCGGCUCCCUGGACCCCUUUUGAUUCUCAUCGCCGGCUACCCUCUCGGCCACAUACCCAACAAACCAUCCUACCCACCCUGAACCUCACUCCCAAUUCAUCCCCGCUCAUCUACCCCCACCACCUUCUUCUAACAUCAUCGUCCCCCAGUCUAGAUUACCUCCCACCCCUUCCAGAUCCCCCUGACCAUGUGCAGCCAAAAAGGACGACCAAACCCCCCGCAAAACCGCCUGAACUGCAUACAAUGGUGUUAGAGGCACCAAAGUGGACUCGGAGGCCUACCAGGCGGCCGCAGACGACGCCAUCGGUUGUGGUAAAGAAAACAAAAGUGAGACCUCAUACAACGUCUGGCGUACAUUUGGAUGUAAAUAAUUUAGUUGUUGGUUGCGAAACUCCGGAUUGGAAACUCUCUGUGAAAAAACCGGCAACUCCCUCCAGGGUGCUGAAAAAGGUCGUGUUGACUUGCUUGCAUCCCGAGGAGGAGGAUGUUUUGGAAAAAGGAUGGAGAUGGGUUUUGCCGGAUAUUGGAGGGCGGAGCGGUGUGGUUGGGUUUCGUUUAUAGUUUUGUAGCUAGGAGAUAGAUAUCGCUUAGAAGCAAGAGCAAAUUGCAUUGACAUUGGGUGGUGAGACUUGCGUAACAUCUGAGUGAAAGCAGGC